AUGGCUUCCCCGUCGUACACUCGCGCCACCACGUCGUCCGAAUACAGGUCCAAAGCUACCCCUAAACCUUCAACCACAACACCAGUCAAGCCACUAUCCUCAAAGUUAUCUCUCAGUGCGAAAACCUCCAAGUCAUCUACUCCAAGUUCAUCAAAACACACAACGACACCAAAGAAGCCUCUCAAGCGACCCUCCCUCCUCACGUCUCAAACAAAAAACCAUCUGGCCUACACGUCCGACCUUUACACGAUCACGCCCAAAGACGCCAAAAAGCCCUGUCCCCUAGCAACGCUCCCCUCGGAGCUACGGAGCCUAAUCUACACCUUCAUUUUCCCCACCGCAAUCUACGUGUCCAACGCCCGGUCCCUGCAAGUCCAGGCGCGCCCACCAGCUCUUCUCCACGUAUGUCGCGCCAUCCGCAUCGAAGCCGCAUACACGUACUACUUGCACACAUGCUUCACCUUCACCGUGCGCAACCUAAACUUCAGUCCGAUUACGCGCUGGCUCGAUAGUCUACCCAAGCAGCACAAAGCGCUUGUGACGCGGAACCGGCGUUUGGAAAUUAAUGUUUUACCUUGUGUAAAGAAUACUUGUACAUAUCCGCCUCCUGGAUUUCUAAUCGACGGAUAUCUGGAAGAUCAAUGGGUAUCUUGCCAGCCAUUUGGUAAUCUGUACGACCUGCCCAGUACGUUGCAUAAGAGGCAUUUUCUGGUAUUUUGCCGCAUGGCGGCGUGGUGGAUGUGGUGUUCUAGACUUGGCAACAAGGGUGUGAGGUGGAAUUAUGGGUUUGAGCAGUCCACAUGGCAGAAUGCGUUUGCCGUGCCAGAUGCACGGGAUGCGGCAGUGUUGGAGGAUUUCUUGGGCGAGUGUGGGAUGGUGGUUGCGAUGCCCUGUGUUGAGAAGGCGUGGAGGAGAAAUAGGGGUGCGGCGAGAGGUAUGCGGGACGAGGCGAUUAGGUGGUUUGAGGCACUGGAUGGGUGGUAUAAUGAGCGGUACGGGAAGGAGGAAGAUGGCGAGUGGGAUAGUAAGAUGGAAGUAGUUCGGGAGAGCAUCAAGAGGUGGUAG